UCCGUGCACGCCGUCGGACCUCGGAAGUUGUGAGAGCGUGUCCACAAACACAACCAAAACAAUGAAAGCUAUCGUUCAGAGGGUCACCAUGGCGAGUGUGACAGUGGGAGAAGAGCAGAUCAGCUCCAUAAGACGAGGACUGUGUGUACUGCUGGGUAUAUCAGUGGAGGACACCCAGAGGGAUGCCGACUACAUUGUACGCAAGAUCCUGAACCUGCGUCUGUUUGAAGAUGAGAACGGGCGAGCGUGGAGCAAAAGUGUGAUGGACAGGGACUUUGAGGUGCUUUGUGUGAGCCAGUUCACACUGCAGUGUAUACUGAAAGGCAACAAGCCCGACUUCCACUCAGCCAUGCCUGCAGAGUUGGCUCAGCCCUUCUACAACAGCAUCCUGGAGAACAUGAGGAGUGCCUACAAGCCGGAGCACAUUAAGGACGGGAAGUUUGGGGCCUACAUGCAGGUCAACAUUCAAAACGACGGACCUGUUACCAUAGAACUGACGUCACCUCCUGGUCCCACAGACCCCAAGCAGCUGUCAAAGCAGGAGAAGCAGCAGCAGAGGAAAGAGAAGACGCGCUCCAAGGGCCCCUCAGAGUCGAGCAGGGAGAAAGGCGCCCAACGUUACCGACAGGACCCUAACGCCAGCAGCGGAGCUGAGGGUGAUGUGUCGUCAGAGAGGGAGCCCUAGGUCAGCAGGAUGUCAUACUGGGGACAUGACGAUGAGCCCAGUUUCCUCAGGAAGGCCUUAACCCUCAGUGACUCUUACACCUGAUCGUGGAUUGUCCUCCUUCCUGUAUGGAAAUCAGCAGGAUUCUCUCGGCCUGUCGCAGAACAUCGUCCCCUUGCUGGUGUCCUUGGCUUCCCUCCUCCAGAAUCACAUCGGACUGGCUAGAGUGAUAUGGGACGGUGCAGGCAUCAGCAGCAUUACACUGUGUGGCCCAGUAGCUUUCUCUUCUCUCUUUCUGUCUUUUGACCGCUGCCCAUCUUUCCAUGUUUCUACCUGCAUCUCGCUUGUCUCUGCCCGUCUUUCUCUCUGACAGUCUCCCUGCCUGUCUCACUCUCCUGUUCACACUUAUUCUCUGUUUAGACACAUGGCACUGACCCUGAGGCAUAACUCUGCUGCAAGUCCUUGGCUUAUAUUGUGCAGGCACAAGAACAUCAGGACAGUGAUAAUGUAACAGCUUUACCAUAUUUAUUGUACCAGUCACACCUCAUGAUUGGUAUAGUUGAAAUCUGUGAAAUCUGUUUUUCAAGGUUAUUGUACCUGUAUGAAUAUACUGUGUUUUGAGGUCCAACAGCACAUGCGUCUGGAAAUGGACAUGCCCUGUGCUAACUUUUGAGAAUAAAUCAGUGGGCAAAAGGGAAAUUUCCUAUCUGAUAACUAGACGAGAACUGCAACAAAACACACAAAAAAAGCCUCUGACUUUGAACUCAGCCCACAUUAGCUUUCAAGCUAGUUUCUCCUUUUCCUUCUGUAAGCAUGGACCCAUGUCUUGUGCUGCACCUUAGCUUGCUAAAUUAGCUAACAUCCAAGUGCACUGCUAUAACGUCAGUUUGCAGGCUCGAUGACUAAUUAGCUAGUUAGCUGCACAACUUCCAAACAUACCUGCAAUUCGCACAAUUUAGAUUUAAAAUCCUGAAAGAUUACCUGCACGUCUCUUAGACCCCCUUUAGUCGUCCCACCAGACAGAAAACGGUCGUUUGACUGCAGGCAGGGGUAGUGCCAUACUGCUCGCUUCAGCUACAGUCGAUUUCACGUCUCGGAUCAAGUAGCUUCGGCUGAGUGGCUACGAGUCAGUUUGUUUCAAUUACAUGUACUUUGCCUCUGUGGAGAGGGCCCAGCUGUGCUUCACUAUCAUUGAACACUGACACCAGUAUGGUCGGAUGGACUCUGGCCUCACAAAAAUACAUCUGGUAUUUAUUGUUUCUGAUUAUUACACUGUCCCGCUGUCCCUUGACAGAUCUGAAUGUACGUUUUGUUGCCAUUUUAUAAAGAUGUUAAUAGAAAAAGUGAUCCAUGCUGUGUUUCGUGUGUGUUUUUCCACUCUUUUAUUCUGCUUGUUUUUGUGAUGCAAAAGCAGGGAUGCUUGUCCUUAUUUCUCCUUUCGGCAUCACCACCUGGCCUGUCUAUACUGUCCCAACUCUUUAGCUUUUUU